GGUCAACCUCAGUGAGAAGCUGAUGUCUCUCAGCGCCGAUAUUGCUUGUCGGGUUGCUUUUGGAAAAAGCUUCAGAGAAAGGGGAUACGACGAUUUGGGCGCGGAUUUCGAAGAGGAUAUUCAUGAAGCUUUUGCUAUGUUGGGAAGCUUUGCGGCCGCCGAUUUCUUCCCCUACUUCGGUUGGAUUGUGGAUAGAAUCACCGGUCUCCAUGGAAGACUCGAACGGAAUUUUAAAAAACUGGAUGCUUUCCUCCAGAAAGUCCUAGACGAUCACCUCUGUUCCGCUCGCCUAAUUACAGAGGAAGAACACGAAGAUAUCAUCGACACUCUGCUAAAAAUAGGGCAAUAUGAGACAGCAUCCGGUACUAAAAAAAUCACUCAUAAUCACAUCAAAGCUAUUCUUAUGGAAAUAUUUCUUACCGGAUCCGAUACCGUUGCCAUAAGCAUGGCUUGGGCCAUGGCGGAGCUGGCAAAGAACCCACGAGUGAUGAAGAAAGCACAGGAAGAACUAAGAAACAGCGUUGGGAACAAAGGUAAAGUCUCAGAAACUGACAUCGAAAAACUUGCGUAUCUGAAGGCGGUGGUGAAGGAAAAUUGGCGGCUGCAUCCGCCUGUGACAUUGCUGGCUCCGAGAGAAGCCAUUACCCGAUUCAACAUCUCGGGCUACACCAUUGACCGGAAGACCCGAAUACAAGUAAAUGUUUGGGCCAUCGGGCGGGAUCCAAAUGUAUGGGAAAACCCGCAAGAGUUCUACCCCGAACGGUUCUUGGAUAGUCCAUUUGAUUUCAAGGGGCAGAAUUAUGAGUUUUUACCGUUCGGCAGUGGUCGUAGAAUUUGUC